UUGAUGGCGCUGGGAAGGGGGAAAAGGAAGAGAGGGGGCCGGACUGGAAUUGAUUAAGUUGGGAGGAGAAAGAGGAGAAGGCUGGGCGAAGCGCAGCUCAGCCCGGGGGCCCUCCUUUGAAACGGACUAAUUGGGGAGCGAAGACACAAAGGGACGCGAAAGGCGCUCGGAGAGACGCACAGCAAGGAAGUUUCCCGCUGGGUGAGUGGAGUUGCUCCCCUGGAUCUCCCAGGCGGAUCCCCCCCUCUUCACCCCCCCCCGCAGAAAACCAACUCGGAAACUUUUGCCAGGACCCGUGUCCCCCGAGGGAGUGACAGAUCCCAGCUCGUCCUGGGGAGGAGACGAGGCGAUCGGGUGUCGGUGAGAACCGAGGGGGGGAGAGAGCCACCAUGCGCCUUGCCGACGCGUCCUUGGCUCGCUGCCUGGCGCCGCCGCUGUUACUGCUGCUGCUGCUGGGCUCCUGCCGGGCCCAGUUCCAUGGGGAGAAGGGCAUUUCGAUCCCCGACCACGGCUUCUGCCAGCCGAUCUCCAUCCCUCUGUGCACCGACAUUGCCUACAACCAGACGAUCAUGCCCAACUUGCUGGGGCACACGAGCCAAGAGGACGCGGGUUUGGAGGUGCACCAGUUCUACCCGCUGGUGAAGGUGCAGUGCUCGCCGGAGCUCAAGUUCUUCCUGUGCUCCAUGUACGCGCCCGUCUGCACCGUCCUGGAGCAGGCCAUCCCGCCGUGCCGCUCCAUCUGCGAGCGGGCGCGCCAGGGCUGCGAGGCGCUUAUGAACAAGUUCGGCUUCCAGUGGCCCGAGCGGCUGCGCUGCGAGAACUUCCCCCGCCACGGCGCGGAGCAGAUCUGCGUGGGGCAGAACCACUCGGAGGAAGGCGGCUCGCCGGCGCUGCUCACCAGCGCCACCCCCAUCGCCGGCCAAGGCACGGCGGGCCACCCCCGCUACGCCACCCUGGAGCACCCCUUCCACUGCCCGCGAGUGCUCAAGGUGCCCAGCUACCUCAACUACAAGUUCCUGGGCGAGAAGGACUGUGCUGCGCCCUGCGAGCCGGCCAAGCCCGAUGGGCACAUGUUCUUCAACCAAGAGGAGAUCCGCUUCGCCCGCAUCUGGAUCCUCAUCUGGUCAGUGCUGUGCUGCGCCUCCACCUUCUUCACCGUCACCACCUACCUGGUGGACAUGCAGCGCUUCCGCUACCCAGAGAGGCCCAUCAUCUUCCUCUCGGGCUGCUACACCAUGGUGUCCGUGGCGUACAUCGCCGGCUUCGUGCUGGAGGAGCGGGUGGUGUGCAACGAGCGCUUCCAGGACGACGGCUACCGCACGGUGGUGCAGGGCACCAAGAAGGAAGGCUGCACCAUCCUCUUCAUGAUGCUCUACUUCUUCAGCAUGGCCAGCUCCAUCUGGUGGGUCAUCCUCUCCCUCACCUGGUUCCUGGCGGCUGGCAUGAAGUGGGGCCACGAGGCCAUUGAGGCCAACUCUCAGUACUUCCACUUGGCCGCCUGGGCCGUGCCGGCCGUCAAGACCAUCACCAUCCUGGCCAUGGGGCAGAUUGACGGCGACCUGCUCAGCGGCGUGUGCUUCGUGGGCCUCAACAACAUCGACCCCCUGCGCGGCUUCGUGCUGGCGCCGCUCUUCGUCUACCUCUUCAUCGGCACCUCCUUCCUGCUGGCGGGCUUCGUCUCCCUCUUCCGCAUCCGGACCAUCAUGAAGCACGGAGGCACCAAGACGGAGAAGCUGGAGCGCCUGAUGGUGCGCAUUGGGGUCUUCAGUGUGCUCUACACCGUCCCAGCCACCAUCGUCAUCGCCUGCUACUUCUACGAACAGGCCUUCCGCGAGCACUGGGAGCGCAGCUGGAUCAGCCAGAACUGCAAGAGCUUGGCCAUCCCCUGCCCGCUCCAGUACACCCCGCGGAUGAACCCCGACUUCACCGUCUACAUGAUCAAGUAUCUCAUGACGCUCAUCGUGGGCAUCACCUCGGGGUUCUGGAUCUGGUCGGGCAAAACCCUGCACUCCUGGAGGAAAUUCUAUACCAGGCUAACUAACAGCAAACACGGGGAGACGACCGUUUGAAAAGGGGGAUAUCGAGAGGUGGGGGAAGGAGAGAGAGACUUGGUUUGCCGACCCCAAACUUUGAAACAAUUGUG